UUUUUUCAAAAGAAUUGCCAUAAGAAAAGUUUGCUUGGUAUAUAAGUAGUAGACAUAGUUCACUUUGUAAAGUAAGAAAGAAAUGCGGAAUCAGGAACUUUGUCUUAUGAUAAGAAUGCUUCUUUUCAUGUAGCAACGUUCAGUGCAAAUAUCCCAUUUCCUUGGAAGAGCAUUUCUACCUUCGCUACUUCAUUAUGACCGUAUGAAAACAUUUGAGAACCAUAAUCUGACUGUCUUUGUAUUUUCUUUGCUCAUCUCAUGAAUAUUUUUCUGGAAAAUAAUACUUAUUUGUUUUUAUUAAAUCUCGUUUCAAGUUUUUGUUGGUAUUUUUACUUUUUUUUUUUUUCGUUGAGUUUAUUUACGUUUCUUUGGGUCUUUAACAGCCAGUAGUUUAAGCUGGUUCUCAUUAUUUGUACGUAAAUUAGUGAAUGAAAACGACUUGUGAAAUAAAAAACUGUUCAUUCUGUUUCACUUGUUUUUGUCCAUUUCAGUCAUAGACAGCCCUUCCCUUUUUCAUUUGUCCUACCAUGCUCGUCCCCUCACCCAUUCGAACGGGUCUAAACCGGUUUGAUCCUAUUCUCUUAAUCCUUCGCUUUCUUUCGUCACGAUGGUUCCAGCCCAACCGCAUCCUAUGGCUCGAAAUUCCCUUUGUCAUACUCAUUAUUUCCAAUGUCCCCUAUACAGAAAUCGACUGGAUUGCUUACAUGGAGCAAAUCAGUGGCUUCCUGUCUGGUGAACGAGACUACCGGAUGCUAUAUGGCUCUACCGGCCCUCUCGUAUAUCCAGGUGGUCAUGUUUUACUGUAUACGUUGCUAUAUUUCAUGACAGAUCGCGGUACCAAUAUCACCAAAGCUCAAUACAUAUUCGCUUUUGUCUACUGGUCUGCUAGUUUUGUUGUUGGCUGUAUCUUCAGAACCGUCCACGCUCCCCUAUAUCUUUAUGGGCUGCUGAUCUUGUCCAAACGUCUUCACAGUAUUUUCAUCUUGAGACUCUUUAAUGACAGUUUCAAUAGCCUUUUUGCUUCUUUGUUCAUUUUUUUUGCUUGCAAAAAAAAGUGGAAGGUCUCUUCCAUUUUUUUGAGCAUUGCUUGUUCCAUUAAGAUGUCGUCGCUCCUUUUUCUUCCAGCUUAUUUAGUUGUGCUCCUGCAAGCUGUUGGACCAAAAAAGACUUGGCUCAACAUUUUCACGUUUCUCUUCGUUCAAGCUCUUUUCUCAGUUCCCUUUUCUGGUUUUUUCUGGAGCUACUUGUCUCAAGCCUUCGACUUUGGUAGAGUCUUUGAUUAUAAAUGGACAGUGAACUGGCGGUUUCUUCCAAAAUCUAUCUUUUAUUCUCCUCUUUUUUCUCUAACUGUCCUAUCCUUUCAUGUUCUUCUCCUGACUACCUUUGCUAUCAAGAAAUGGAACUACCCAUCGAAAGCUUCUCCUCUUCAAAUGGUGAGGUCCAUGUUGACCCUUCAGCCACUUCCAUCAGUAGCUCCCAUUUCUGUUAAUUUUAUUUUAACAACCUUGACCACUAGCAACCUCAUUGGUAUCCUUUGUGCUCGCUCACUGCAUUAUCAGUUUUACGCUUGGUUUGCUUGGUAUGUUCCCUACAUGCUUUAUCAAGCCAAGCUUUCCAUGCUACAAACAUUGCUCUUAUGGGGACUUCAAGAGUAUGCUUGGAAUGUCUUUCCAAGCACCACUAUUUCUUCCAUCACUGCUGUUUCUAUCCCAGCUAUUAUUAUUUACAGACUGCUGACGAGGAACCCUAAGCGACCGUAAAUUUCAUCUCCAAGCUUUCUAUUAAAAAAAAAAAAGACGUGUAUCUUCAGCAGCUAACCUACUACUUAUCAACAUAGCUGAUCUACUAUUUUACCGUUCGUCUAAACAAAAAUGUCCUUUUUAAUAUUUUAUUAAUUCAUUAAUAUACAUAAUCUUGAGCAAAGGAAAAGCAUCGUCAUAAUUAUGAAUUUUCUCGUCAAAGAAACUUCUCAGGGGAUUGACAGAUUGUUAAAAUUUCAUUAUUUAAUCAUUCGAAGAUUUCCUUUGUUUACAAUACACUGACUGGUAAUAAAUCCUUACAAAAUUUCCUGAUAUUUGAAUCAACAUCUAAAGAAUUAGUACCGGUCAAAGCAUCGUUUUCGUUUUUGUCUAUUAGGUAUAUGGGAAAAGUCUGAAAAAUAUAUACUCAUUUAUAUUUACCAUCAAAACAAGUCACAGUUGUUUCAUUGCAAGUCAUUAU